UCACAUAAACAAAGCCACAUUGGCCAGACUGGGUUAGUCGAAGCUCGUGUCGCUGUCAGUGCGAGGAGUCACACGGUUUGCCUGCUCAGCUGCCCGCCCGCCUGCCUGGUAUUGUUGGGUACCUACGCUCAUGAUUUGGAGCUUUUACACAAAUUGAUGAAUCCCCCCUGCAUGCUUAUCGCAUGGAUUGAAAGCCACGAUCCUGAUGUGAAAGAGGGGAAGAACCAGAACAGAUCCGCUUUCUUGAAUCCUGACAGCCAUACAACUCCUGAAAUCACCCAUUUCAAGUGUCACCGAAAAACUGUCAGAAGACUUGAGCCAUGCCCUGCGUCCAGGCUCAGUAUGGAUCAUCACCUCAAGGAGCGAGUCCUGCCUCCCAGAGCUACAGCUACCACACCGCAGGAGAAUACAGCUGCGACUUCUUAACACCCGAGUUUGUGAAGUUUAGCAUGGACUUGACCAAUACUGAGAUCACAGCCACUACUUCUCUGCCGAGUUUCAGUACAUUCAUGGACAACUAUAACACCGGUUACGACGUCAAACCGCCCUGUCUGUAUCAAAUGCCGCACUCUGGAGAACAGUCUUCCAUCAAGGUGGAGGACGUCCAGAUGCACAGCUACCAUCAGCAGGGUCACCUGCCGCCUCAAUCAGAAGAGAUGUUGGCCCACUCUGGGCCUAUGUACUUCAAACCGUCCUCUCCGCACGCGCCGAGCACGCCAAACUUCCAGGUUCAGCCUAAUCACAUGUGGGAGGACCCGGGCUCCCUCCACAGUUUCCACCAGAACUAUGUCACUUCUCACAUGAUAGACCAGCGCAAGAACCCAGUGUCGAGGCUUUCGCUCUUUUCCUUCAAGCAGUCCCCGCCCGGCACGCCCGUUUCCAGCUGUCAGAUGCGCUUUGACGGGCCGCUGCACGUCAUGAACCACGACAACUCCGGCGUGCACCGCGGCCUGGACGCUCAGAGUUUUGCGGUGCCGAGCGCCCUCCGGAAACAGGCUGGUCUGGCCUUCCCGCACUCCCUGCAGCUCGGCCACGCGCACCAGCUGGUGGACAGCCAAGUGCCAUCGCCCCCGUCCCGAGGAUCUCCGUCAAACGAGGGUCUGUGCGCGGUGUGUGGGGACAACGCAGCAUGCCAGCAUUAUGGAGUGAGGACCUGCGAGGGAUGCAAAGGAUUUUUCAAGCGCACUGUUCAGAAAAAUGCCAAAUACGUUUGUUUAGCGAAUAAAAACUGUCCUGUUGACAAACGCCGAAGAAACCGGUGCCAGUUCUGUCGCUUCCAAAAGUGUAUUGUCGUCGGAAUGGUGAGAGAAGUUGUCCGGACAGAUAAUCUUAAAGGUCGGAGAGGACGGCUGCCAUCCAAACCCAAAAGUCCCCAGGAGCCAUCCCCUCCCUCGCCGCCGGUGAGCCUCAUAAGCGCGCUUGUUCGGGCUCACGUGGACUCCAACCCCUCCAUGUCUGCUUUGGACUACUCCAGGUUCCAGGCUAACCCUGACUACCAAAUGACUGGAGACAACACUCAGCACAUCCAGCAGUUCUAUGAUCUCCUGACGGGCUCCAUGGAGAUCAUCCGGGGCUGGGCGGAGAAGAUCCCCAGCUUCUCUGAUCUACCGAAACAAGAUCAAGAUCUCCUCUUUGAAUCCGCCUUCCUGGAACUUUUCGUUCUGCGGCUGGCAUACAGGUCCAACCCGGUGGAAGGCAAACUUAUUUUUUGUAAUGGAGUGGUGUUACACAGGCUACAGUGCGUCCGUGGAUUUGGAGAGUGGGUGGACUCCAUCGCGGAGUUUUCUUCCAACUUGCAGAGCAUGAACAUAGACAUAUCAGCUUUCUCCUGCAUCGCAGCUCUGGCCAUGGUAACAGAGCGACACGGGCUCAAGGAACCGAAGAGAGUCGAGGACCUCCAAAACAAGAUAGUCAACUGCCUCAAAGAUCAAGUGACAUUCAAUGGCGGUGGAUUGAAUCGUCCCAACUACUUGUCAAAACUCUUGGGAAAGCUCCCUGAACUGCGCACGCUAUGUACCCAAGGUCUGCAGCGUAUCUUUUACCUUAAACUAGAAGAUCUAGUCCCUCCGCCAGCAAUAAUUGACAAACUUUUCCUCGACACCCUGCCUUUCUGAGUCCGACUCGCUGGAGAGACCUCAAAGAACUUCCAAAAGACUGUUUGAGUCAGAAUUUGUAAUAUUAUUUCUGAAUAUCUGCAAGACACGUAUAGGCACAUAGUACAGAAUAUGAGUAAAGAUUCAUUGAAAUAAAAAAAAGAAUACCGAGAAGAAGAGGCAGAAAGUUGAAGAAAUGUUGGCCUUUUUUAAAAUUCCUUGAAAUAGUUCCCUUGAGUGACAAACAAGUGAAUAAUCCCGGGGGAUUUCUCCCGCAAAUUAUCAACACACUAAAUCCGGUUUUGCAAUCCCUACCUGUUUCUUUCACAUCAGCUCCACUGAUUCAGCAUCCUCAGCUGUAAUAUAUCCCAUUUAUAUAUAAGAACACACACGCGCGCACACACACACACACACACACACACACAGUGUAUAUUACGAUAGAUUAUGUGAUGCCUCCAAUGCAUCGGUUUAUAACACGUGUACAAAGUUUGUUACAAUGAAAAGAUUGAAUUCUCUUUUCUUUCCUGACUCGUGCCUAUGUGUUUCUGACAGGAUCCCAAACAGUAUCCAGAAAAGACAACGCAUGUUCUCCUUUCUUUUCUUUUCUUUCAGUUUCCUUUUCUUUUAUAGGCACUUGCUGAGGUGAUGUCUAUAUAUAAUAUAUACCGGACACUAUGUAGUCUGCUAGAUUUGAUACAGAUUCGUAGUUAUGGCACUCCUUUUAUGUAUGACGCAUAUGUGGAAAAUAUCUCAUGUGUAUAGAAAAAUGAGGGACCCAUGGUGUUUGUAAAACUGUCAGACAUUCCUUGUUUGUAUGUGCUGUAAGUACUGUUGCUGUUGAAUAUAAACGUUUCUAUAUAUUUAUUAUUUCUAUUGCCAAGAGCUACACUAAGCAUGGUGCAAUUUAAAAACGAUUUCAAACCCAUCCAAGUUCAUGCUGAGCACGUUGUCUAUGUUUUUAUGUCUUAGAAACGUCGUAGUUUUGAUUUCACACGUUUUGGAAAAAUUGGAUAAAGUCCAUCUUAUUUAAAGAGGUUCAUGAGAGUGUGAUGUAGGCCCACAUUCUGACAUCAUGAUGUACUUACGACUUCUGUAACGCAUUUGGUGCCCGAUUCAAAAACUUUA